AUGGCGGAGGACGCGCGCGAGUUGCCCGAUUCCUCCCCGGCGCCGCCGCGGGAGGAGGGCUCCGAGGAGCAGUUCGCGGCCGUACCGCUCGGCGACGAGGAAGGCGUCGUCGAGGAGGAGGCGGCGUCGGAUCCGGGGAUGAGUACCGGCACGCCGGCCACGCCCUACGAGCCGUCCCCGCGGCCCAGGCUGCGGCCGCGGCCGCCCGGAGUGCCGGCCGACGCGCCGCAGGAGGUGGUGCGGGCGGUGGAGGAGGCGAUCGCGGGUGGGGCGGACCUCCUCCGCGAGGUGGUCUCCCAGGAGGAGGGCGAGCUGGCGCACUCCGUCGUCGACGUGCUGCUCGGCACCAUGAGCGGUGCGGACGAGGCAGGCGACGCCACCGGCACCGGCACCGGCGCUCCUCCCACCGUCAUGAUCAGCUCGCGUGCCGCUGUCGUCGCCGCCGAGCUCCUGCCUCAUCUCCCCGAAGACGACGAGCCGUCGCCGCGCACUCGUGCAGCCUCGGGUCUGCACGCCGCCCUCCGCGCCUGCACUCGCAACCGAGCCAUGUGUUCUUCCGCGGGCCUCAUGGCUGCCCUCCUCGCGUCCGCGGAGAAGCUAUUCGUCGAAAUGGAUCAGGGUAGUAGGUGGGACGGGACGCCACUGCUUCAGUGCAUUCAGAUGUUGGGUGGGCACUCGCUUAGUGUGAAAGACCUGCGUUCCUGGCUUGAUUUGGUUAGAAAGGCACUUGGAACGAGCUGGGCCACGCCACUUAUGCUAGCGCUUGAGAAGGCCAUGGGCAGCGUGGAAGCAAAAGGUCCUGCUGUGUCAUUUGAGUUCGACGGGGAGAGCUCUGGUCUGCUUGGCCCAGGUGACAGCAGAUUCUCGGAUACGCUUAGCACAGCAACAGCUGCCGCAGCCAUUGCUGCUGCUGCGGUGGCAACAUCUGGAAAAUCAUCAGCAAUGUCAGCUGCUGCGGCAGCCAGUGCCCUUGCGGGAGAAGGAACAACACACAUGCCCCGGCUUUUCAGCUUUCUCUCUUCAGAUAACCAGGGCGUGGAAGCCUACCUUCAUGGCCAGUUCUUGGUGGUGGAGAGUGUGGGUGGGAGGGGUAAGAAAGCUUCUUUGCACUUCACGUAUGCGUUCAAGCCUCAGUGCUGGUAUUUUGUUGGCUUGGAGCACACAAACAAGCAUAGUUUGCUUGGAAAGGGUGAUAGCGAAUUGAGGCUGUAUGUUGAUGGUAGCCUGUAUGAGAGCCGUCCAUUUGAGUUUCCGCGUAUCUCGAAACCACUUGCAUUUUGCUGCAUUGGGACAAAUCCACCGCCAACUAUUGCAGGCCUGCAGAGGCGCCGGCGGCAAUGCCCAUUAUUUGCUGAAAUGGGGCCUGUCUACAUCUUCAAGGAACCAGUUGGGCCAGACAGAAUGAGACGGCUAGCAUCCCGAGGAGGAGAUACACUGCCCAGUUUUGGAAAUGGCGCAGGCUUGCCAUGGAAGGCAACUAAUGAUCAUGUUAAGAGUAUGGCUGAAGAGAGCUUUACACUCAACAAUGAGAUAGGGGGAAGCUUGCAUCUUCUUUACCAUCCUAGUCUUCUCACUGGGCGGUUUUGCCCAGAUUCCUCACCUUCUGGUUCAUCAGCCACUCAUCGAAGGCCUGCAGAGGUUCUUGGAUUGGUUCAUGUCUCAUCUCGUGUGCGACCUGCAGAAUCUUUAUGGGCCUUAGCUUAUGGGGGCCCAAUGGCUUUACUUCCACUAACCAUAGGCAAUGUGCAUGUGGACAGCCUUGAGCCUACACCUGGGGACUUGCCAUCGUCUCUUGCUACUGUUUCCCUUUCUGCCCCAGUUUUCAGGAUUAUUUCCCAAGCUAUUCAACACCCUGGAAAUAAUGAAGAAUUAUGCCGGGCAUUUGCACCAGAGCUUUUAUCACGUGUUUUACAUUAUCUGUUGCAAGCUCUUUCAAAGCUGGAAAGUGGAGAAGAGGCACUGACUGAUGAGGAGCUUGUUGCUGCCAUUGUAUCUUUGUGCCAGUCUCAAAGAAAUAAUCAUGAACUUCAAGUGCAGCUUUUCAGCAGCUUGCUGUUGGACCUAAAUCUAUGGAGUUCGUGCAAUUAUGGUUUACAGAAGAAGCUUCUGUCCUCUCUUGCAGACAUGGUAUUUACAGAGUCUGCUUGCAUGCGAGAUGCCAAAGUGAUGCAAAUGCUUCUUGAUGGCUGCAGAAGGUGUUACUGGGUAAUUCAGGAACCAGAUUCAAUCGAUAACUUUGCACUCACUGGAACAAAGAGAUCUUUGGGGGAAGUGAAUGCUCUAGUCGAUGAACUUUUGGUUGUUAUUGAACUGCUGUUAGGAGCAGCAUCUUCAACAGCAGCCGCAGAUGAUGUCCGCUGUUUGAUUGGAUUUAUUGUUGACUGCCCACAGCCUAAUCAGGUUGCAAGGGUGUUGCACCUCAUAUAUAGGUUGAUUGUACAGCCUAACGUCUCUAGAGCCAACUUAUUUUCUCAAUCCUUCAUCACUAGUGGUGGUGUGGAAGCACUACUUGUUCUUUUACAACGGGAAGCUAAAGCGGGUAAUAAAAAUAUUUUGGAUCAUUCUGGUGCAAAUUUUAGUGAAAAUAAUGUGCCCAAGGAUGGAAGUUCCAACAGAAAAGCUGAUAGUGCUGACACAAGAAGUCAGGUUGAUGAAACUCAAUCAGCUGAACGUCAUGAAACUGUCUUCCAUGAAGAAUCAGCUGAACAUGAAGCCACAAAUGCAAAUGAUAUGCUGGACUCAAAUAUUGGAAGUGAUGGAAUUGUUGUUGGCAUUAUUCACAUUCUUGGCGCUCUAGUUGGAUCAGGUCACCUGAAAUUUGAUUCUGGUGCUGGAAGUCCAAAUAUACCUGGUGGUAAUCAGACCACACUUAAUGAAGAAGGAAAUACUGUGUCAAAAGAUAGAGUAUCAUUGUUACUUUUUGCAUUGCAAAAGGCAUUCCAAGCAGCCCCAAGGAGGCUCAUGACAGCAAAUGUCUAUAUGGCUUUGAUUUCUGCUGCGAUUAAUGUUUCAUCAGCUGAUGAAAGUCUUAAUCUUUAUGAUUCUGGUCACCGUUUUGAACAUAUCCAACUUUUACUGGUUCUACUUUGCUCGCUUCCAUAUGCAUCUAGGGCAUUCCAAGCUCGUGCCAUACAGGAUCUUCUGUUUUUGGCUUGCAGUCAUCUAGAUAACAGAACUACAAUGACCUCGAUUGCAGAGUGGCCAGAAUGGAUUUUGGAGGUUUUGAUUUCUAACCAUGAGAUGGGCACAAAGAAAAAUGCUGAUGGUGUAAGCAUUGGCGAGAUUGAAGACCUCAUACACAAUUUCCUGAUUAUAAUGCUGGAGCAUUCAAUUCGACAAAAAGAUGGGUGGAAGGAUGUGGAGGCAACAAUUCAUUGUGCGGAGUGGCUCUCAAUGGUUGGAGGAUCUAGCACUGGAGACCAAAGGAUCAGGCGUGAAGAAUCAUUACCUAUUUUUAAAAGGAGAUUGUUGGGUGACCUGCUUGAUUUUUCUGCCAGGGAGCUUCAAGUUCAGCAGACUGGAGUAAUUGCAGCAGCUGCAGCUGGUGUUGCAGCUGAGGGUUUGUCUCCUGAAGAAGCAAAAGUUCAAGCUGAGAAUGCUGCUUAUCUCUCAGUAGCACUAGCAGAGAAUGCAAUAGUUAUUCUGAUGCUUGUGGAAGAUCAUCUGAGAUCACAAGGUCAACAUUUUUGCACAUCCCUUACAGGUGAUAGCAUCACAUCUUCCACAGCAAUGGCUUCAUUGGCUGCCAGUCGGUCAAAUUCUUUGGGCACAGCUGGUAAAGAACCCAUGGCUGCUGGGGCCUCAAGACGGGCAUCUUUGUCCAGUGAUGCUGGUGGCCUUCCUCUGGAUUUGCUUACUUCUAUGGCUGAUUCAAAUGGACAAAUCUCUGCUGCCGUGAUGGAACGUCUUACAGCAGCAACAGCAGCUGAACCUUAUGAAUCUGUCAAGCAUGCAUUUGUGUCUUAUGGGAGCUGCAUAGCUGAUCUUGGAGAAAGUUGGAAGUACCGAAGCCGUUUGUGGUAUGGUGUAGGCAUUCCACCCAAAGCUGAUAUAUUUGGUGGUGGUGGAAGCGGUUGGGAAUCUUGGAAAUCUGUUCUAGAGAAGGAUUCAAAUGGGAUUUGGAUUGAAUUUCCACUUGUGAAGAAAUCAGUUGCUGUGCUGCAGGCACUUCUGUUAGAUGAAUCUGGACUUGGUGGUGGUCUUGGUAUUGGAGGGGGCUCUGGCCCUGGUAUGGGGGUUAUGACUGCCCUCUAUCAGUUGCUAGAUAGCGAUCAACCAUUUCUUUGCAUGCUUAGAAUGGUUCUUGUUUCAAUGAGGGAGGAUGACAAUGGUGAAGGUGAUGCUUUUACAAAAGAUGUUAGCAUAAAGGAUGUGGUAUCAGAAGGAAUGGACCGCCAGGCUGGAAGCAUGAUGCCAUUUGAUAUCAACAGUUAUUCAUCUCCAAGAAAACCUCGAUCUGCACUUCUUUGGAGUGUGCUUGGCCCCAUCCUCAAUAUGCCAAUAACGGAGUCUAAGAGACAGAGAGUGUUGGUUGCUUCCUCUAUUCUCUAUUCAGAGGUAUGGCACGCUAUUGGCAGGGACAGGAAACCCCUAAGGAAACAAUACAUUGAGCUGAUUUUACCACCAUUUAUAGCAAUUCUUAGAAGAUGGCGGCCCCUUUUGGCUGGUAUCCAUGAGCUUACUUCUUCAGAUGGACAAAAUCCACUGAUUGCUGAUGAUCGUGCUUUGGCAGCAGAUGCAUUACCCAUUGAGAUCAGCAAUUUUGAGUACUUAAUGGAACUUAACACACUGGCUGGGCGCAGUUACAAUGACAUUACUCAACCAAUUGGAGCACUAAACCCUGAACGACUAAAGAAGUUCCAAGAACGGUACUCUACAUUCGAGGAUCCAAUCAUCCCAAAGUUUCAUUAUGGUUCACAUUACUCCAGCGCUGGCACGGUCUUGUAUUACCUUUUCGGAGUGGAAUCUUUUACAACACUGUCUAUACAACUGCAAGGCGGCAAAUUUGACCAUGCUGAUCGCAUGUUUUCUGAUAUUUCUGGUACAUGGGAUAGUGUUCUUGAAGACAUGAGUGAUGUAAAAGAGCUAGUACCUGAGAUGUUUUACCUCCCUGAGGUAUUUACCAACAUAAAUGGCAUUGACUUUGGGGCAACUCAACUUGGAGGGAAGCUAGAUUCUGUAGAAUUGCCUCCCUGGGCUGAGAACCAUGUGGAUUUUGUCCAUAAACACCGGAAGGCUCUUGAGAGUGAGCACGUCUCUGCUCAUUUGCAUGAGUGGAUUGAUCUAAUUUUCGGAUAUAAACAGAGGGGCAAAGAAGCGAUAAUGGCAAACAAUGUAUUCUUCUACAUCACAUAUGAGGGAACUGUUGACAUUGACAAAAUUACAGACCCAGUGGAACGGCGAGCUACACAAGAUCAAAUAGCUUACUUUGGACAAACACCAUCUCAACUGCUGACUGUCCCUCACAUGAAGAGGAAGCCAUUGGCAGAGGUCUUACAACUACAGAACCAUGAUUUAGCCUAUGGCAGUCAAAUUUACAACAGAUUCCGUAGACUUUGUCAUUCUUGUGAUGCAAGUCUACGGAAGAAACAAUCCAGGGUGAACAAGGGUCACUCUGCUAAUAUGGUUUCCUGUGGCCACGUUGAUGGUUCAUUGAAGUUGAUAUCCCCAGAUGGAGCGAAGACGAUUGAAACUGCUUCUGGACAUAUUGCUCCAGUGACAUGCCUUGCGCUGUCGCCUGAUAGCAACUAUCUUGUGACAGGGUCUAGAGAUACCACAGUUAUACUCUGGAGGAUUCAUCAGACAGGCUCCUCACAUAAGAAAAAUGCUCAACAACCUCCACCUACUACGCCAACAACACCACGUAGUCCUCUCUCUGGCAGCACUAGCAGCCUCUCAGAAACAAAGAGACGUCGAGUUGAAGGUCCAAUGCAUCUAAUGAGAGGACAUCUUGGGGAAGUAACCUGCUGCUCUGUUAGUCCUGACUUGGGACUUGUUGCUUCCUCAUCAAACGCAACAGGCGUUCUUCUACAUUCCUUACGCACAGGCAGGCUGAUAAGGAGGCCUGAUGUCGAAGAGCCACAUGCAAUAUGCUUAUCUUCUCAAGGAAUCAUUUUGGUUUGGAAUGAAACAAAGAAAACAUUAUCUACCUUCACUAUCAAUGGACUCCCUAUUGCUACCUCAGUUCGAUUACCUUUCUCUGGACAAGUUAGUUGCAUCAAUGUUUCUACAGAUGGCCAUUUUGCUUUAAUUGGAACAUCUUUGUUCAACAACUACAAGUGUGAUAGCAGCACUGAAACUGGAAAUCAUGAGCUUGGACCCAAUGGCACUGAUGAUGUAUCAAAAAAUUCUGAACAAUCUGAAACUGAGCAAUCUGUUCACGUGCCUUCAAUCUGCUUUGUUGAUCUGCAUAAACUGAAGGUUAACAUUAAAAACUUGGAUUCACCUUCACUGUUGUCCUUUGUGCAAUCCUCACCAGAAAACUUUUUCUGA